GCUGUCUGAGCUCCGUGCGCGCAGAGCAGAGCGGGCGGAGCGGGCCGGCCGGGGCGGAGCGGAGCGGUCCGCAGAGCAGCCCCUCCCGGCCUCGGCCGACCCCCGGCCCUCGGCCCGGCUCUAUGGACAGGAGCUCGCUGCUGCAGCUCAUCCAGGAGCAGCAGCUGGAUCCUGAGAACACAGGCUUCAUCGGUGCGGACACCUUCGCUGGUCUGGUACACAGCCAUGAGCUGCCCCUGGACCCCACCAAGUUGGACAUGUUGGUGGCUCUGGCUCAGAGCAACGAGCGGGGCCAGGUCUGCUACCAGGAGCUGGUGGACCUGGUCAGUGCCAUGAUCAGCAGCAAGCGCUCCAGCAGCUUCAAGAGGGCCAUUGCGAACGGGCAACGGGCGCUGCCCCGGGACGGACUGCUAGAUGAGCCAGGCCUGGGUGUCUACAAGCGGUUUGUGCGAUACGUGGCCUACGAGAUCCUGCCCUGUGAGGUGGACCGCCGCUGGUACUUCUACCGGCACCGCAGCUGCCCACCCCCUGUGUUCAUGGCCUCUGUCACCCUUGCUCAGAUCAUCGUGUUCCUGUGCUACGGGGCACGUCUCAACAAGUGGGUGCUUCAGACCUACCACCCUGAAUAUAUGAAGAGCCCUCUAGUGUAUCACCCAGGACACCGUGCUCGAGCCUGGCGCUUCCUCACCUACAUGUUCAUGCAUGUUGGGUUGGAGCAGCUAGGGUUCAAUGCCCUCUUGCAGUUGAUGAUCGGGGUGCCCCUGGAGAUGGUACAUGGUGUCCUCCGCAUCAGCCUGCUCUACCUGGCUGGUGUGCUGGCAGGCUCCCUGACUGUCUCUAUCACAGACAUGCGUGCCCCGGUGGUAGGAGGCUCUGGCGGGGUCUAUGCCCUGUGCUCAGCACACCUGGCCAAUGUUGUCAUGAACUGGGCUGGGAUGCGGUGUCCAUACAAGCUGCUGAGGAUGGUGCUGGCUCUGGUGUGCAUGAGUUCCGAAGUGGGCCGGGCUGUGUGGCUACGCUUCUCCCCACCUCUGCCUGCCUCAGGCCCACAGCCCAGCUUCAUGGCACACCUGGCUGGUGCAGUGGUAGGUGUAAGCAUGGGCCUUACCAUCCUUCGAAGCUAUGAGGAGCGCCUGAGGGACCAAUGCGGCUGGUGGGUGGUGCUACUUGCCUAUGGCACCUUCCUGCUUUUCGCCAUCUUCUGGAACGUCUUUGCCUAUGACCUGCUGGGUGCCGACAUCCCCCCUCCACCUUGACCUGCUCCCUAGGGUUAUAUGGCUAGAGCCUGGCCUGCAGUGGGUCAGCCACCAGGUGGGCCUGCAUGUCUGCCCUCUAUGAAUGGACUGCUCUGUUGCUUUUCCCCACAGGGGCAGGCGGGCCCUGUGAUUCCCCGGAGUUGAGGCCAACCAAAUCUUACUGCAGCCCUUGCUGCCCCUCCCAGGCCUUUCCAGGGGGGGAGGGGUGCUACUCUGUCAGGGUUGGGUGGAGGUCUUUGAAUGUGACCCUAGAGGACACCCCCUCCCUCCCCACAGACCCCCGGACUUGCAGUCUGAGCCUUUUUGGAGAAUGAAUAAAUAUUUUACACAGCGCUAGGUAACUGUCCUGGGGGCUCUGCAGGCUUGUCUGCCCACUUCACCCAGGCUGUUAUGGGACACUUCCCCUCCAGGGUGGUCUGUGCUCCCUUCUCCCUUGAAGCUCUGCACCUGACACGAGGAGGUGGUCUUACUCCUCCCACACAGGAGGAAGGGCCCCUGGGAAGAGACUGUGUACUUCCAGGUCAGGUCAAGUUCAGCAAUUGAAUGGUUUAUUGUGCUCCAAGAGCUAACAAUUUCUCCUCCCUUCCAAAGGCAAGCCCAUGCUAGAGCCAGGUUCACUUGGCCUGGGUCCUGUAAUUCUUGGCAGGUCUACAGUCCUUGUGGGAGGCCUAGUUGGGGUGAAAUUCAGGUAGCAAGGCCCAGGUAUAGCUUCCUCUCCAUACGCCAAGUCUGCAGUGCUGCCUCCACAAGAUGAAGAGUCACGAGCCCUAAGGCAGUCACUAGUGAGGACCUCAAGCGUCCUGGGGUGGAGUUACUAGCCACCUGAACCCUGAUGAGGUUCUGGAUGACCUCCCUGGGCCCUAGCAAUUGGUUCAUCUUGGCUCAGAAAUUCAGUGCGCUCUUGCACCUGGGCCAGAAACAGCAAGUAGUGCUUUGCUUGAGUGUGUACUGCAGGGUUAGCAAGCUGCCACCUCAGAAGCUCCUGCAGCCAGAACCACUGCAAAGAGUGACGGGGAGGUGCUGGGGACAGCUUCUUUUAGCUACACCUCCUAGAGCCCCCACCCAAGUUUGGGCUCCCAACUCACUAGAAGCAGUGGCAGAGAGCACGUAGCGAAGUUUGGCUGCGGCGCGAAGAUCGGCAGAAAGCCUCGAGUUCUGCUCCCCUGAAUCCGGGGUGGGAGAGUUGGCGGCCAACAGCUGAUGCAACAGCAGCUAGAAAGGUCUCAUCUAUAGACUAUAGGGUCAAAGGGUCUUGGUGCAGGCGUUCCCCAAGGAAACCUUCUGGCCCCGCCCUUGAAGUAGCUCUCCCCGUGACCACAAGAAGGGAAAAAGUCCUGCCUAGCACCCGCAGCUGCCUCUAUACCAACCGCAGCAGGUCCUUUCGUGUCAACAAGUCACGUGCUCGCUUCUCAGCCAUUAAUGGCCGCAGGCAGCUCCUCCCGAUUCCCAGGGAAGACUUGCGAGGGCGGUCUGACCUGCUGGCCUCCCUUCCUCUCCUUCCCUCAAUUCUGCCGUCCUACCAGCGGUCCAGACGGUCCCAGGUUCCUGCGUGCGUCCGCGAUCGGAGUGCCACUCCUUAAGAACCGCUGCCACGUUCGCUUGGAGUGGGCUGGAGGGCGGGACUUGAACGCCGAAGGGGCGGGGCCU